UUAAUACGGUUGGGAAAGUAAAUGACGUGGUUUUCGGACUUUUCAAUACCUUAAGAUUUUUUGUUUUAAAGUCUGGUUGUGUCGAAGUCACAACCAAAAAUAUUUCAUAAAGUAUAUUUACUGAAAUAUAUUUACCGCUUCGUGGUGUAGUGGAUAUCGGUGUGUAAAGUGCUUUCAGCGCGGUUAUUCUCAUUCAUUGCAUCAGCAGCAACGUGCUGGAGAAACCCAGGGCGCAGGAUGACGGCUGAAUUCUGAGCUCAAGAUAAAAGGUUCAUUUCAGAGAGAGCUGUUUGUUUAAUAUUUCUGAGCCACACACUCGGGUUUUGGAAACACAAGACGGGAAUCUGCAGUAUGGAUGAAGGAGGGUCCUGGACUUGUACAGGUCCUCAAGAGACGGAAGGUUGCAGACAGUCGUCCUCUCAGCAGAGCGAAUGAAGUGCUGCAGUCUGCUCUUGUCCCUGGCAGUGGCAGCAGCGUAUCAGAUGGUGAUGGAGGAGAAUUGGUCGAAUAUUUCAGGAAGCAGAUGAGCCAAGAUCCAGAUGUGGCCUCUGCAGUCGCAGCUAUCCGCUCUCUCCUGGAGUUCCUGAAAAGGGAUCAGAGUGAGACCAUCGUGGGCCUGAGAGAGAACUUGACCAAAGCCAUUGGCAGGCUGGAGGAAGCUGAUUCCUCUGUGGCUGUGUCCUCAGGAGGAGAACUCUUCCUUCGAUUCAUCAGCCUCACAUCACUGGAGCAUUCUGAUCUCUCCCAGUGCAAGAAUGUGAUGGUGGACAGAGGAGAACUUUUUCUGAAGAAAAUUUCCUUGUCCCGAGGCAAAGUGGCCAAACUUUGCCACACAUUCAUUAAAGACGGGGCUAAAAUUCUUACACACUCCUCAUCAAGGGUUGUGCUGAAAGUUCUGGAAAGUGCAGCAGCUGACAAGAAACGUUUUACCGUCUAUGUCACAGAAUCACAGCCUGAUUCUUCUGGUCAACACAUGGCUGAAAAGCUGCGAAGACUCAAUAUCCCAGUCACAGUCGUGCUUGAUGCUGCAGUUGGAUACAUCAUGGAGAAGGUAGACCUGGUCAUUGUCGGUGCUGAGGGUGUCGUUGAAAGUGGAGGCAUCAUAAAUAAGAUCGGCACCUACCAGAUGGCGGUGUGCUCCAAAGCACACAAUAAGCCAUUUUACGUGGUGGCGGAGAGUUUCAAAUUUGUACGUCUUUACCCGCUCAACCAGCAAGAUGUGCCCGAUAGGUUUAAGUAUAAAGCAGAUACACUGAAAACUGCAGCGGAUUUUAACCAGGAGCAUCCGAUAAUUGACUACACACCUCCAUCGCUCAUCACUCUUCUUUUUACUGACCUGGGUGUGUUAACCCCUUCGGCAGUCAGCGAUGAACUCAUCAAGCUCUAUUUGUAAUGCUCUCACCUUAAGGGCCAUUAUAGAGACAUCCAAUCAUAUCAAGAUCCUCCUGACCUUGAUUCAAAUCCAAGAUGGCCACUUCAGUUUCACUCAGAACCAGCGCCAUUAUAAAUGCCCUUCUGCCACUCAUGGACGAAGUACAGGUGAAAAACUUUUAAGUCAUGUACAGUAAUAUGGCAUAUCUUGGACAAUUGCAGCCUCAUUUCUUGUGUCUUUCCAACCAAGUUGUGAAUAUUUUUUGAUGGAUGGUAGGAAAAUAUUCCUUCCAGUUAGGUAUUCAUUUGCGGAUAGUCCCAAUUCUUUAUUAUUGUAAUCAGGUUAACUAAGUGACUAGGAUGGGUUGUAAAAUUGUGGUUUGAAUUAAAAGUUUGCAGUGUACGUGCCUCAAUUUAAUCAAA